UUAUCUCUGUAACUAUCUGUCCGUCUGUGCUAACUCCCACCUUGCUUCGUAUCCACCUGUCUAUCUGUGCCGCUAUCGCUAUUCGCUAACACCCAGCUUGGCUUGACUGAUACGCCCGAGCCGGGCAUAGCACUUCGCACGGUAGACAAACGGCUUCACCAUGCCCGAAGAGGUAAGCCAUCGUACGCCAAGUACGCCUCUUUUGUCGACACUCGCAAAGGCUACUCCGCCAUCCACAUGCAUAGACCGGGCAGCAAAAGUUGCUCCACAUAAAUAGCUAUCAGCACCACAGCGGCAGCAGCAGCAGAGAGCUCCAGCUCCAGAAAAGAAAAGAAAGCCUGCCUGCCUUCACCAGUGUCAAAUCAAUCAGUCGUGGGGAAUACUAGGAGAAGUAGAAGAGAGAAAGCUCACUUAACAGACUUAAGCUCGGUGCGCGACUCCGCUGAUGAUAUGUUGCAUAACGCAGCAUGUGAAGAACACAGUGGAGGUGUCGACGUCUGCAAGCUCUGGUGAUGCUCUUUUAACUUUGCUCUCGUUUCGGUACUAGCGGCCCAAGGACUUUUACCAGAAGAGCCACCCAUUCCUUUCGUCCUUCAGUUGCGUGCUGGAUUAACGGGCCCUCAGGAAUCUCUCCAGAUUGCAGGCAAAGGAGAACGCUGCUGUGAUUGUGAUGCCAACCCUGUAACCUCCCUCGCGUAUUACAGACCGCGGCACGAUAUAUAGGACGAUGAAUUUUGGCUUCCAGCCGCAGUAGCCAGGAGCUGGAGCAGCAUAGCUACGAGUGUCCUCAAAACUUGGUCCACUGGAGAAGAAUCUUUCCAUAGAACUCCGCUGUCAGCGCCACCAAAGAUAUGUUGUUUUCGGUCUUAUAGGAUGCUGCUGCUGCUGCUGCUGCUGCUGCUGUUUGUCUCUAGAGUCACAAGCCUUGCCAAUGCCGGUAGCAUGGUUGUCUCCAACAAAUUCUCCUGCUGGCUGCUGAUCUCACUCCUCCUCCUCCAGCUCGCUAGUCUCACAACUCCGAGUCCUUUCCCCCGGGGAAGAAAGGAUGACCCUCGUCGCCACGACAAUCAAAGCCUGGCAAGGGUGAUUGCCACAGCACCGGGAUCCAAGCCUCCGAGUUGUCUCAACAAGUGCGACUCUUGCACUCCAUGCCAGGCAGUUCAAGCGGUACAAGAAGUUCCGGACACUGUUAUAACGGGUAUAGGCUCCAGGCCACCGAGCUGCCAGAAUAAGUGCAACCGGUGCCUCCCUUGCCAAGCAGUCCAGGUUCCCACCCCCGAUCCCAAGGAUGAGGAGGCCAAGCGAGUUUCUCCGGCGAAAGAUGAAGGUGAGGCGGCUGCUCUUUACUCCAAUUACAAGCCCAAAGGAUGGAGGUGCCAAUGCGGAAACAAGCUCUUCAAUCCGUAGAAAGCAGUAGUGUUCCUGUUUGCGUUUGUGGCAUGUCAGUUCUAGCAUAGAGUGUAAGAUCGAGAAUGGCUGUUUGUUUUACCGAGAAAAGUAGACUUUUUUCC